AUGAUUGAAUUGACGGAAAAUAAUGGUGCUGUCAUGGAACAGUUCGUGAGUGAGACUCAAUGUUUUUGCUUGGAUUGUGAUGGUGUGAUUUGGAAAGGUUCUGAAGUGCUUCCACACGUCAAAGAAACCUUGGAGGGUUUAAGAAAAUUAAACAAGCGAUUGUUCUUCAUUACGAACAAUUCGUCAAAUUCCAGAAAAGGAUAUUUGAAAAAGUUUCAAUCUUUAGAUUUACAUGUCGAUGUUUCUGAGAUUUUGACCUCUUCCUAUGCAGCGGCUGUCUAUGCCAAAGAACAUGCCAUCAAAAAAGCCUAUGUCAUUGGAGGAGAUGGAAUUAAGGAAGAAUUGGAAUUAAUUGGAGUUGAAGCCUGUGGAUUUGAGGAACAUUUACACAAAACUUUCAAAGAAGAGGAAUUUUUACAUGAAUGGGAAGAAUUUACAAAGAAAUAUCCUGUAGAAAGUAUUGGAGCCGUCAUUGUUGGAUACGAUAAUAGAUUUAACAAUUUCAAAUUGGCCAUGGCUCAUCAAAUCUUGAGAAGGAAUCCACAAUGUCUUUUCAUGGCCACCAACACAGAUGCCACUCUGCCUUACAAGAAUAAUUUAUUUUUCCCUGGUGGUGGAUGUUUUGUUGCUGCUCUAUCUACUGCCAUUGGAAGAAAACCUGACAUUGUGGCUGGAAAACCUUCCACACUCCUUCUUGACACAGCUCUACAUUUACUCUAUGAGGAAUGUAAGGAUAAGGUUACACCUGAAAAUCGACAUGUGGCUGUCUGUAUGGUUGGAGAUCGUUUAGAAACGGACAUUGUGUUGGGAAACAAAACAGGAGUGAAGAGUGUUUGUGUGCUGACAGGAGUUGCCACAAGAGAACACUUGAAUGAGAUCAUUGAGGAAGCAAAACAAGAUGAAUCUAAAAAGUUAUUGAACCCUCAAUAUGUGUUGCCUCAAUUGGCACUUCUUAGAAACGUUGUAUUGAAAUAA